AAAACAUCAAAGUCAAUAGUAGGAGUACUCCUCUAUCUUGAUCAAUUGAUGAAAAGAAAGCUGACAAAAACACUUUGUCCACGCGGGAUAAUAUGAUCAAUAAUUCGUCACGUAAAUUAACCCUAGAAUUUUAUUCCCUUCUUCACAAGAAGACAGAUUUUUCAGAUUAUACCCAAUUCUGCUGCACUUUCCUAUCUCAAUUUCAAGGAUUUGUAGCUAUAUAACAGCCACAAUUCUGAUUGGGUAGGGAUAACUUUAAAAGUAUUUUGAUGGGGUUCAAUAGUUUUUGAUCAAUUUUAGAAGGGAAAAAUUGUUAAGGAGAUCACUGUAGUGCAGUUUUGGGUUUGUGGGUGUUCUUUAUUUUGUUCUAAAAUGGAGUUUCCAUGGGUAAAUUGUGUUCGGAUUACCCUUCUUCUCGUCCUUGUUGCCGCCAUUGUUACAGCUUGUUUCACCCUCCCCGUGGAAAAGAUACUAAAGGACUUUUUGCUGUGGGUGGAGCUCAAUCUUGGCAAUUGGGGUCCUUUAGUUCUGGCUGUUGCAUACAUACCUCUGACUAUUCUGGCAGUUCCUGCUUCAGUGCUCACUCUUGGAGGUGGCUAUCUUUAUGGGUUGCUACUGGGUUUUAUUGCUGAUUCUAUUGGUGCUACAUUGGGAGCAACUGCAGCUUUUCUUUUGGGCAAAACUAUUGGAAGACCAUUUGUUAUUUCCAAAAUUAAGGAUUACCCAAAGUUUCGGGCUGUUGCUAUUGCUAUAGAAAGAUCUGGGUUUAAGAUAGUCUUGCUUCUCCGGCUUGUUCCUCUACUUCCAUUCAAUAUGUUGAACUACCUGCUCUCUGUAACUCCUGUUCCACUGUGGGAAUAUGUCCUGGCUUCUUGGUUAGGAAUGAUGCCUAUAACUCUUGUGUUGGUAUAUGCUGGAACAACUCUCAAGGAUCUUUCUGACGUCACACAUGGAUGGCGUGAAUUAUCACCCUCCCGCUGGGUAUUUCUUAUAUCUAGUAUUGUGAUUUCAGUGUUUUUAAUGGUAUGCGUAACAAAAGUGGCUAAAGAUGCAUUAGAGAAAGCACUGGCCGAAAAUGAGAAAGAAGAAAGCGUAUUAUCUUCUGAGCUGCCAAUCUCGGAUGAUCUGCUCGGGGAUCUCCAACAACCUCUCAUUGUUAGAACAGAUUUACCCUUGGAUAGCCAAUAGAAUCUAGGAUUUUGCUUCGGGUAUUUACGAUUGUGCAUUACAAUGUGACGGGCGGUCUUAAUACAGCGUUUACCUUAACGCGAGAUGUGCAGCUAACUUGAAUCGUGUAUAGCGGAAUGCGGAUGAUGACAAGGCUGCUGGUAUAGAUUUUUUGCUGAACUUAUGCCAGCCAGCAAAUAACAGAAGGUGUGUUUAUUGUUGCUAAUGGAUAGGCGUAUUUUCUUAAUUAAGCUUUUUAACCAACUAUUUGUUAACACAAUAUUGAAAUUGUAUGUAAAAUGUUUCCUUACAUCUUUUUACUCGUCAUGUUAACACUUCUCUUGCGAAACUUCUGGUAUGUUAUGAAUAUGGGUGACUUAUGUCCGCAAAA